CUUUCUUAAUCAUCUUCUUUUUUUUAAACAAAGAAUGUCAAGCACAAAUUUAUCUGGAUCUUCAUUGUGUCGCCUAGCAUCUAUAGUGGCUGUUGCUUGUCUCAUCUCUCUGAGCACUAUGUUUUUCUAUACUUCACCUAUGAUCAGCCGCCCACCACCCUUACCUGCACCUAAACAUAAUUUGGAAAGAACCUACACAACAAAGACAAACUCCUCCUUAUAUCCAAAGGAAGAGAAACCAGUACUUUUGUUAUGGGUCUGGCCUCAAGAUUACAGAUUCGAUCUGAGCGAUUGUAAAACUAUUUACAACAUUGACGGCUGUCACCUGACGGAUGAUCGAUCUCUCUACAACAACACAGAUGCUGUGCUUAUUUUUCACAGGGCUAUCAGUCAAGAUCUGUCCACACUUCCUCCAUCUCCUCGCCCUGCGUUUCAAAAGUGGAUAUGGAUGAAUGUUGAAUCUCCAACUAACACACAGAAAAUACCAGGAAUUGAAAACCUGUUCAAUCUGACUCUCAGUUAUAGAGAGGACUCUGACAUUCCUGUCAAGUUACGACUGACCAGCAGAAAGAUCCCAGAUAAGGAUUUUGAAAUUCCCAAAAAAGAAAAACUCAUCUGUUGGGUUGUGAGUAACAAUUUGGAUUGGACAGGCGUCGGCACCAGAAACGCUUAUUUUCAAGAACUUAGAAAAUACGUCUACAUCCAUCUGUAUGGAAAAGCUUAUGGAUCGUUCCUGGAUUAUAAAGACUACUUUCCCACCAUAGCCAGCUGUAAAUUUUAUCUCUCCUUUGAGAACUCCAUUCACAAAGACUACAUCACUGAGAAGUUAAAUGGACCUCUGGCAGUAGGUACUGUACCUGUGGUGCUGGGACCUCCUCGAAAAAACUAUGAAAGGUUUGUACCGGGUGACUCCUUCAUUCAUGUGAACGACUUUCCAGAUGCAAAGUCACUAGCAGAAUAUCUUAUCCGUCUGGACCUCGACGACGAAGCAUAUCGCAGGUACUUUAACUGGAGGAGACAUUUCUCAGCUCGACCUCAUUUAAUAUUACAGAACCAAGAGUUUGUUCUGGCUAUUUGUACGGCCUGUGAUUAUGUAGGAAGACACAAGGAAUAUAAAGAAGCUCAUGAUAUCUAUGAAUGGUUUUUCAACUAAUGUCAUCUCAGUUACAGGUAUUUUAAUGUUUUUAUUCAAAAUGAAUUCAACUCUAACUCUUAAUUUAGAGACACCUCAUGACUGUAUUUGUUCUCCUUAGGAAAUAUAAAGUAGUUCAGUUCCUCAAUUCUGAAUAACUUUGUAUAAAUGUAAAUGUGAAUGUAAAUGUGCAUUUGUGUCUUAGUUGCUCACAAGGAUGCAAAUGGUGGCAAACAAGGGUGAAAAGGAACGAGGUCAGCUCGCUGGGUUGUAAU